AACGGAGAAGCAGCAGUGUCACCAACAGAAAUUGGACGUCCAUUCACUUCUCUCUAAAGUAAUUCACUACUGAUAAUUAAUGUCAAACUGUCUGCUGGAGCAGCUUAAUGCUGCCUCGCUGGGUGAAACAUUGCUAAUGAAAAGAAGGCCUUAUAAGAUCCAGCUCAUCAAAAUACACCUAAAUGCAGCAUAAUGCCUUCAAAAGUGUCAUGUUUAUACCUGUUGACAGUGGUCUGCUGGGCGAGCGCUCUGUGGUACUUGAGCAUAUCUCGCCCAACAACCACUUAUGUUGGCCACAUGUCCGUGCCUAUACGUAAGACUGUGAAACCCCACAAAAACUUCACCUUUGACAACAUCCGCACCCGCCCCCUUAACCCACAUGCCUUUGAAUUUGUCAUCAGUGAGCCGAAGAAGUGCGAAAGGGUCACUCCCUUCCUGGUCAUCCUCAUUAGCACCACACACAAGGAGUUUGAUGCGCGUCAGGCCAUCCGGGAGACCUGGGGGGAUGAGAGCACCUACGGUGACAUCCACAUCCUUACCAUCUUUCUUCUGGGCAGGAACACAGACACCGUCCUGAACCAGAUGGUGGAGCAGGAGAGCCAGAUCUUCCAUGACAUCGUAGUGGAGAACUUUAUUGAUUCUUACCACAACCUCACCCUAAAGACCAUGAUGGGCAUGCGCUGGGUGGCUACCUUUUGCCCCAAAGCGCAGUAUGUCAUGAAGACAGACAGUGACAUCUUUGUCAACAUGGACAAUCUGAUUUACAAGCUCCUGAAGCCCACCACCAAGCCAAGAAGGAGAUAUUUUACCGGCUAUGUUAUAAACGGUGGCCCCAUAAGGGACAUGCGCAGUAAGUGGUAUAUGUCCAGGGACUUGUAUCCCGAGAGUAAAUACCCACCUUUCUGCUCAGGCACUGGCUAUGUGUUCUCAGCAGAUGUAGCUGAGCUAAUCUACAAGACUUCAUUACACACAAGACUGUUGCACCUGGAGGAUGUGUACGUGGGACUUUGUUUGCGUAAGCUGGGUAUACACCCGUAUCAGAACAGUGGUUUUAAUCACUGGAAAAUGGCCUACAGUCUGUGCAGGUACAGGCGGGUUAUCACCGUGCACCAGAUCUCCCCGGAGGAGAUGCACCGCAUUUGGAAUGACAUGUCGAGCAAGAAGCACCUGAGGUGUUAGAGGACAUGAUGACCACUGGACAACAACUUAAAAGUUUUGUUGUUGUUGUUUUUUUGCCUUUUUCUGCUUUCUCAAAUUUCAUCACACUGAGUGACGUAAAAACACUGAGGUUCGCUGCAAGUCUCUAUUUCAUGACAGAUGUGUUUUCAUUAACAUCCAUAUAUCUAUUUAUGAUGAUUACACCUGAUUGUUAACGAAUGCAUGGGGCUUGUAAAGAACAUAUUCUCAUACAUAAUUAAAAUGUGGUGGUUGUUACUUGAAAGUAAUUUUGUUUGUGUCCCAUGUCCAAUUUAAGGACUUUUCUUUAUAAGCAUUAAAUCAAUCAGCGUUAAGAAUACAGUAGCGAGGCCCAACGAGUAGAGACAAAGUUUCAACCAGACGACCUUUGUCCAAGCCCUUACUCUGACAACCUUUUGCCCCGCUAAAGUGUCCUUGAGCAAGACAUUGAAUCUCCACCAUCUGCAAGGCUGCUGACUUGGCACCCCAAUCUUCCUGCAGGAGUCCAAGCCAAAAGAGAAUUUCUGUGCAGGAAUCAAUUAUUAGUUCUGAAUUGCUAUAUUACAGCUAUAAUAUUAUACAUUUUAAAAGUAUUCUUUACAAAUGAAAGAAGAGUUCCUGAACACUGAGAAUGCAAAUAUUAAUCUUAUCGAACAACAAACCAGGUCGUCUGUUGAGACAAAUCUACACCCAUGCAGCUCUCGAAGCAGAAAAUACCACACAGCUGAAUUUUCUGGAUGCCAUUUUGUUUUAUACAUAUGACUGAUGUUUUUGUUUACAUAUGGUUAUCAUUUCACUGCCUCUUCUCGCUGAAAAAGUAACAUGUAUAUUUAGGGUUUUUUUUUAGAUUCAUUUGUUGUUUUUCCCCUCUUUGACAUUUCCAUACUUGAGGUAAUUGUUUGUCCCAGCUACGAGCUCCUCAUUACUCCAGCUGCUGCUCUUGGUUGUGUAUGAUACGUCAGCAGCUAUCAGCUCAUCAACUCCACCGCACAUUAAGAGAAAUACAGGAUCAUGUCGUGAAAGUAUGAGUUUAAAUGUAGCUAAGAUAGUUACAGACUGGAUGUAUUAUCACAUGUAUCUGGCAUAUCAGUGAUUACUGAAGCUUUGCUACUGACAUCAUGGAAAAACUUUUCAGAAAAUGUGUCUUUCAUGGCCAAAUUUUCAUUUCUUUUUUCAAAGGUUUUGUAGUAUUAUAAGCGUGACAUUUACUGUGAAAGCAUCUAUCCCACAAGGGGUUGCUGUUAUAUAUUAUAUGUUUUUUAUAUUAAAAAACAAAUACUUGAACAAUUAAACUUAUAUUACUGCUUUUACUUGUUGCCUGUUUUGAGAUGAUUGGUAAAGAAUUGCAGGGUUACUUUUUGUUCUUACUUGUUGUUAUCAUCAUUUUUUAAUCAUCGUAUUUGUGAUUAAAGAGCAGGUUGUUUUACAGUGGUCCCAUAAGAUAUCUUUUAAAAUGACAAAGCCAACUUCCUGAACAACAAUUUUUCUUCAGCAAAAUU